AAUGGCUAUUUCAAUCUAUUAAGCAAAUGCUGCAGUAGGAUCAUUAGAUUCAGCUUAUUAUUCAUUAAUCAUUAAAGGGUUUUAUAUUCCAAAAAGAUAAUGUGCAGCAAUUACGACAGAAUAUCUAUUUAAAAUUAUGACAAACAAAGUAUUUCUAAUCGCCUCAUCGGAUAUCAAAAUAGGUCAACUGCUAAAGCAAGUAUAGAAGCUUGAUUUAUGGAUGUUGAUGUAGGAAAUUAAUGUUUCAAAACCUAGGGGAUUUGAUGAAAAUCAUUUACCUGAUAAAUAAUGGAUGAUUAAUUUGUUUCACACCUUAAGAGUUAAUCAUGAUUUAUUUAGACACAACAUUCCUGAAAGUAUGUCUAUUGUAACUUAACAAGAACUAAAGUAAAAAUCUAAAAAUAAUUUAGAAUGCUGUAAGAAUUUAACACUUCACUUCAUCGAAAAUCAUAAGGGAGAUUUUUUAAACGAUCAAAAAGUCAAGCUAAAUUGUAUAAAGAUUAUAAGUUAAAAGAGAAGAUAGAAAAACAAAAAAGAAAAAAAGAAUAAAAAAUCAAAUAUAUUAACACUUUGAAAUAAUAGAUUGAAUAAAUUAACUAAAAUGAGAUUUAAGAGGAACAGAUAAUUUUGAAUCAAAUCAAUUGAUAUAUGU